UUUUUAUACAGCCCACUGGUUCCGACCUACUAAUCUGCUUCAUGUUCGAGGAUGCAGACACAGGUAGGCGACGAAGGACAGCAUAUUCAUUGUCUAGCCUACCUUCUGUCGUGGAUGUAGCCCUCUUUCUGUGGGUGAAACCAGACGCGUCGCUAUGUCAGCCUCUCGCGAAGAAGAGCUGGCUCGCAUCCGCGAUAAUCAACGACGUUCCCGAGCUCGCAGGAGAGAAUAUCUCCAAGAACUCGAAGGAAGAUUGCGACACUGCGCAUUACAAGGUAUCGAGGCCUCACCGGAGAUCCAAGUGGUAGCGAGGAAGGUAGCAGAUGAGAACAGGAGGUUGCGGACGCUGUUAGCGGAACAUGGAGUUGCAGAUGACAGCAUUGAGGAGUGCUUGAAAUCUGGCUCGGCAACUGGACCGGACCCAUUACAAGAGGGACAACCAGGCUCUCCCAGGAGUGUUGGAGCUGCCUAUCUCCUAGAUUAUGUACUCUACCCAGGCAUACAUGAUUACGGAUAUCAAAAUGUUGAAGUGCCAACGACGAUGAUGGAAAGCGACGGCCACAGCCGAGACCAUAUCGUGCCGUCGCUCUGGGAGCUGACUCGACUCGCUCAAAAUGAACACGUCGGAAGACAAUAUGAGGAUAUAUACACAAUAGCCCAAGCGACGUCAUCAUCACAUCAGCUCAUAACUCGUAGUAGCACGGGGACUUGUGCGAGUAUGGAAAUCUUCAUUCAUGAUUCGGGUUGCGACAUUCAACAACAGCAGAGACUGGGACCUGUGGCGCCAUCUAGCAAUACCAUUGCAGCCUCCGAUCUGUCCAGACAAGACCCUCAAAUGUUCGAUUUCGAAGCUUCACUUAGGGAACCGGGGCAAACAGCCUACGGCGGCGAAGGUGGAACUACUAUCUGUGCCCUCGCCACGGAUCCACAGGGUGUUGAGGCCGAUUUGGGGCAUCUCUCUGACGAGGACGCAAAGGUUAAUGAUUGACCUGAUGCUCAAUGAUUGUUCCGAUGUUUGUGGCGAGGGAUAUGGAACAGCCAUGGACGAGGGUGGCUUGGGUGCUGUGUAUGAGUCUGCACUACCACGUUUGAAUUGGCGCGUCGAGAAAGUCGAUCAGGAUAACCCCACUUAAGCUGACGGCUGAGAAGAGAAAAACAUCCCAAAAUCUACCUCCUGAACUCUACCCAAAAUCGAUAAGGGAAUCCUGAUGGUUGCAGC